AUGAAUUCAGUGAAUACUGGAAUACCAAAAAACUAUCAAUCAAAUCAUCUUCGAAAUACAGUUUUAGAUAUUAAACAGCAUACUCUUUACACUGAUCAACACAUGGAUUUAUAUUCUAAAAGAAACCAACCUGAUUUAUAUCAUUAUACCACUGAGCCUAGUACCGUUACUACUUUAAUUGUACAACAAAAACGUGCAACAACUUCAACUAUUUCCGGAACUAUUUACGAGACUAUUAGUAUAACAUUAUCUAGUACGCAGUCAACCAGUUCUAGUCUUACAAGUAAUACUACUGUCACAAAUAAUACUGGGCUGAUUUCAAAUACUGAUGGCACUUUGUUGAACAAUUUGGCCGAUCAAAAUGGUGAUGAUAAAUGGAAUGCGAAAAUCAUUGGAUUAUCUAUUGGUUUACCCUUGGGUUUGUUUUUAUUAGGUGUUUUGGGCGCGUUGUUUUUCUAUACUCGUAACAAAAGGGGAAAUAAGAAUAGUUUUAAUAGUGGCAGCGAUAAGUGGCAUUAUACUACUUCUGGAAAAUAUUUGGAGAAAUAUAGUGGCGGUAAUAACAGCAGCAAUAUCCUUAAUCGAGAACUAGAAGAUGGUGAAAUUAACUAUAAGUUCAUUAAUAAAUUACCGAUUCACAAUAUCGCCCCACACGUUUUAACACCAAAGGAUAUUGCAUAUAACCCAGAUACGCGGUUACUGUCAAGGUACUUUUCCAAUAAUAAUUAUAGCAACAGUAUUAAUAGUGAUAAGGAAAUUGAGGCAUAUUUAUACAAAAAACCGCCCAAUCUGGAAAAAAUAAGCAGUGAUAUGCAUCCGAACCACCUGUAUAGUGGUUAUUUUAAUAAUUCCUCGACAAAUUGUCUAUCAUCAUCACCCCCGCCAAAAGCUCGGAGUAAUAAGUUUAAAAACAGUAUAUGGAACUAUGAAUCGCCCUUGUCGAAAUGGUUUUUAACCAAGUCUACUUAUUUACAAGACCACGGUAACGCUACUAGCAAUAAUUUGCAACGACAAACGCUCAAGAUAUCCACCCCCUUGAAAACCGCAGCAAGUGCUACUAUUGGAUUAAAGCAGUUAAACAUUUUAACUAGAAGGUUAGACAGGGAAAAGACUGGACAAAAAGAUUUAAUAGUAGACGAAAAAUCGCCCAUAUUGUCUAGUAACCAUAGGGAUGAGCGGAAUUAUUCAGACGUUAGUAAGGAUAAAAGUUUAAAUUGUAAUUUAUAUGAAACUUGGAAUCCGUAUAAAACAGAUAUGAAAUCGGGUACAGGACCUACUUUGCGUUAUUCUACUUCCCUAUCCAGUAACGAUAUAAAGCCUCAACAUAUAAUAGAAAAUACAGUAUCUUCACAACUGGAACCCAUUAAUGAUAUUAUUAAAAAAGAUGGUAUAGCUGAUGAUAAUAAGAGCAAUAUUUUUAGGUUGUCUAUACCAAUAAAUAAAAAAAGGAAAAAAAAAUUAAAGGAUGUUAAUAAGCAUUUGAUUGAGAUUGAGAAUACAAAGCCAUUACCGAUAUUACCCUCUAGAAUAAAUAAGGCAGAUAAGCUUAACAGGGCCACUUUUAGGAAAAGUACUGCUUUGGAAUUGCAGCAGACCUAUGUUGUUACUAGAAAUUAUGAACCUAAAUUGUCUGACGAACUAAGGAUUUCCGUGGGCGAAUGUUUAAAAGUUUUGGCAACACAUACAGAUGGUUGGUGUUUGGUUGAAAAGAUAGGCCGUCACGGCUAUAACAGCACACAGGAUGUUGAUAUAGAUGGGGAUAAUUAUUUGAAUGAGUAUAGAGGAAUUGUACCUAUACUAUGUUUAAAAAAACUUUGA